GUUGUUGCCAGAAUGUUAUCCCACGGACGGCAGUGGUGAAUUCGGAGCAGCUGAGCAACCUGUCUCCCGAUUCCAGUGAAAUGUGAACGUCGUCAUCACUCCUGAAGUUACCGAGCAGCUAUUAAUCUCACCCACUUCCUCCUAUGCCAGAGAGCGAAAAUCCCUCCGUAGACGAUGCCGACCAACCUCGCGAAUCUCCCGGAAGAGAUUCCUAUGAGUGAUGGAGAUGAUUGGACCCAUGCCCUCCCUGUGUGUCCUCGGUCUCGGUUGGGAACGCUGACAAAUCAGCUUUAUCAAAGCAAUGGUUACAAGAAAGAGAAGCACUCCUUCCACGAAAUCGGAUUCAAUUACCUACGGGACGACAUCGGUAUUUACGCCGUGUUCUCGGGUUCAGGAUCUGUCCGCUGCGCGAAAUUUGCUGCGUUAACGUUCCCUGCUGAGCUCCUGUUCGGGCAGCUAGAGAUGAAUCAAACACCUGAGCAGAUAAUUUGCACGCUGAAGGACGCCUGGAGUUUCGUUGACAAGCAAUACUUAGCAAGUAUAGAUGAUCUCAUGCUCGAGAGCGUUCGCAUAAAAAUCGCGUCAGAAAACCUGGUGAGUUCCCUGGGAUUUCAGGAUAGCCAACUGCAGUCGUUGGCCGACCCCUCUCGUUUGGCCCUCAUACAGCGCGAGCUCAAUUCGACCGCGUCAGGACUUCUGUGCGUUACCGUCGGGGACCGACUUGUUUUAUCAUAUGCUGGAGAAUGCGUCGCGGUUCUCGCUCACCAAAAAGAAGGAGCUGCGGGUAAGGAGAUGAAAUCAGAUCCGUGGGACGCAUCCGUCCUCACGUGCGGUCACAAUCGCGAAAACGAAGACGAGAAACUGCGACUUGGGGCCCAAAUUUUGAUUGAUCUCGAUUUGGCGGAGGUGCGUCAGACAAGAUUCUUAGGACACCCGGUUCUGAAGAGCCUGCCGGAACUUCGGAUUCAGCCCGAGGAGCUCGUGCUCAAUAUUCAGCCGACCUGGAAAUUCCUAAUUCUUGCCUCACCUGGAGUUUUCGAAGUGCUUAGUCAUCUGAAACCGAAUUGUCAAGACAUUUCGGAGCUCGCCGACUGUCUGUGUCAGCAGAUUCGGGAAGAAUUCAUCAAGUGCACGGCUCACGAUCAAUCUGGUAAUGUUUUGAAUCGAGUGUCUCAGAACGUCGUCGAAGAACUCGGAAGUCGGCACUUCCGUGCGUUCUCCGACAACCCGAGGUCGCAAAACGAACGACCGGAUAUGACGAUCAUGAUCAGGGUCUUCGACGAGAGCAUACUCGAGCAUCGGCCCCCCUCUCAAGCCCCAUCCAGAACUUCAUCCUCGAUGGCUAGUACGGUCUCAAACACCAUGUCGUCCAUUUAUGACUCACGAGAUUGCUUCGAACACUCCAACGCUCCUAUACCCGCAUACGUGAAUUUCACUCGUUUCAUCGAAAACGCGAGACGCGAUCCUACGGUGCCUUCGUGGUGGUUGGAACCCGCGGUACCGGAUUCCAACAGGGAGAAAUCGUCAAUCUGAAAGUUUCAACCCAUUUCGAUCGAUAUUGCGCACCUCCGUUGUUGACGUAUGGUUCGAUUCGGGGAUGCAUCGAGUCCCUUGUAUAUUUAUUUUGUUUGAGGCCAUCGUCGCUUGCAAUAAAACUCCUGCUCGAUCAGGAGCGGUCAAUGCCUGAUUGUAAGGGAAGAGCGU